GUAGUUGAAAUGAGAGGUAGCAGGCAGUUUCUCUCUGGAUCUUGGAUGUUUUUAUUAGCAAAGCUAGCUACCUCGUGUUAACUCUGUGUGUUUGUGAUAAUUUUCACUGCAUAUAUAAUUGGACCAGUAAUUAGUGUCGCCAUCGCUCUCUGGAUGUUUAAAAAGUACAAGUUAGAAACUCUUGACAUGGUAUAACAGACAUGGCUAGUCGCACCAACUCCACUUCAGACCUGGUGUUCACAGAUGGGGAGCUGUCACCACGGUUACAACAACUCUACUCUCCAAUGUCAAACUUCUCUAUGCAGUCGCAGGAAAUACUCAAUUCUGUGUUUGACUCGGAGUAUAGUACUCCCAGUAAUCAGUACGAUGAUUAUUCACACAUUCAGUAUACUCCUAAUCGCAAGUUAUCUGCCCCUGUUGCCCCGGACCCCCCACUGAGGACUUCAAGUGUGUCAUCAUUUAUGUCAGAUUAUACACACAGGUCCUACUCGACAAGCCAUGGUAACGGGCAUGGCAGUCAUAGCAACAGUGGCCAUGGAAAUAGUCGUGGAAAUAAUCAUAGCAAUGGACACAGUAAUGGUGGCAGUGUCACACAGUAUUACAAGGGCAAUCAACAGAAUCAGCAUCUACAUCCUCCAUCUCGACGGAAAACAUGGACACCUUCUGGAUUAAAAGUCGGCAUGACAGGAAACCUUAAUAAUAGUAACAGCACUAGCAAUGUGAGAAACUGUCAUAGCAAUGAUUUGCUGGAAAAUAACUAUGAUAGUAUUGUAAAUGGUCAAGUCCGAAUGCAGGGGGAUGAUUCAGAGAUAGCUCCACCCAGAUUGGCACCAGUCAGUGGCAUACUUCCCAGGUCACCAGCCCGUGGAAUUAUAAAGCCAAUUGCAUUCAAGCCUGUUGUUGUGAAUCACAAUUACGUCAAUACUCGCCGAAUGGUGGACCAUAGGAAAUAUUCACAGCAGGAUGAUGGGUACGGAUCACAGGAUUACCCAAUGACCAACCAGCGUAAUGUUGCAAAUAUGUCGCAUGGAUCACUUAACACAGAGAGCGACCGAUCGGCUAGCUUCUCGAGUGAUGGUCACAGCAAGCAGUUCAGUCCAGAUCGGCCUGAGUCUAUUCGAUCAUUUCAAAUGGACAGUGAUCAUUCGACAAGCUUUUCAAGUGAUGGACAGAGUCAGAAACAAUAUACACCAGAGCGAUCCGAGUCUAUACCAUCUUCAAAUAUGAGUCGUGUUUCUGUGAAUCGUUUGGAAGGUUAUGUACAGACUCCCUCCCCAAGUGACAGUGGGGUCGGGGAAUUGGAGGCCAUGUUGAAGGAGAAGGAUGCGGAAAUUAAUAUAUUACGUGAUGUGAUGGAAAAAAAUGAGAAAGCGAUAUUUCAAGUUUAUGAAGAAAAGAAAAAGUCCUGGUCACAUGAUAUGAAACAAGUUAAAGAAGAAUAUGAUCAGAAACUGAAGUUACAGCAAAGAAAAUCUUACAAAACGGAACAGGUUCUCUCCUUGCAGGUUUACAAGUUGCAACAAGAAAAGAAAACCAUGAAGGAGGAGUCUGAUCGGAUUAAAGCUGAAAAUGAGGAGCUGAAGGAAAAAGUGAAAUCGUAUGAACUGGAAACUGAGAGACUAGAAUUAGAAGUAUCAAACAUUUCUUCACAUAAUAAGUCGGUUUCGGAUGACAACAUCAGUGACUUGCACCUAACAGUGGAUAGCUUAAAUGACAGUCUUGCUAAUAAGACAGAGGAGGUGCUUAAGCUUCGUAAAGAAAUAGAGGAGAAACAACAAGAACUCUUAGAAAAGGAUGAAGAAAUUGGUGAAAAAUUUCGUGAAAUUGUUGCGAGAACAGAUGAGGUUCAAUCGUUGAAAGAAAGUUUGCGAAGAGUCUCUUUAGAAUCUUCAGCAGAAUUGGACACACCUUGUGUUUGUGACAAAGAUUUGAAAUCUAGAGGCAAGUCUCCUAACUGUGAUAGAGUCAAAUCCCCUGGAACCCCUAUCUUGGCCGAAGAAGGUCUAAACGAGGAGGUUCGGAGACUACGGCAAGAAGUUGAAGCCCAUCAUGAUACCCUUGAGAAAGAACGGGAACAAUGGGCAGAUGAAAAGAACAAAGUGAUUCGCUAUCAAAAGCAACUUCAGUUAAAUUAUGUACAAAUGUUUCGUAAAAAUAAACUUCUUGAAGCAGAAGUUGAACAACUGACUCUGGAACUUGAGAGUAGGGACAUUAAACUCAUGUCAAUCAAUGGAGAGGAGUCGGUGUGCUAGGGUGAUUAAGUGCAAUAAGGAAUUAUGGUGCUAUAUGCUGUACUUUUACCAAAAUUUUGGACAUGUAGAAAUCCUCAUUAGAUUAAUUGAUAUGUACAAGAAUUCCAGUUCAUUGGAAACUAAAAUCAUGUACUUGGGAACUUACAUGAACUAUGUAUACAUACAUAUACAAAAAACAAUCAAUCAUAUACCGGUAUAUGUAUUCAUAUAUGUGUAAGGAAAGUUGGAAAAAAAAUUGAUUAUCGGGAUUUCAAAAACUACAGUUUGGAACAUUGCUGCAGAUUCAAUAUGGAUGCUGUUAAUAUCAAAUAUCUUGAAAAAUUCUUGAAAAGGACAAUCCUUGAUAAAGAAUUGUAUCCUGAUUUUCACUGCCAUAUAUUUCCGUCAGAUGUCAUGUAUAAAUCAGGAGAACUAAAGAAUGCCAGUGAAACAGAAAAGUUUGAAGAUUUUAUAGAUUUAAAAUUGUAACUAACCUUAGAGUAAGUGUAUCUCGAGUUUUUGUGCCAAAAUUUUAAUGAAAUAUUCUUUUUUUCCUUAAAAGGAAACCACAUGUAAUUUUCUCCAGAUAUAGUCACUAAAAUAUUUCUGUCAUUCUGCUUCAUAUGCCAAGAUUGAUGUCUUUGAUAUAUUACAUCAGAUUAGAAAUACAUUUGUCCUUGUAGUUAAUUCAACUCUGUAGUAUUUGAUAUUCCUUAUUAACAUGCAGGUUCACUAUGUAUUUCAUUAAUUCUUGACAUUUCUGUAAGGAGUAUGAGUCUUUUGGAAGUGAUAUAGGCAUAAUUUAAGGGUUGAUAUAUAUUUAAUUUUGGUUCAAAGAUGGUAUCAUUCCAAGACACAGAUUGACCUAAUUGUUUUUGGGAGCUGGAGGAAAUUGUAUUUUGAUUUCCAUCAAUGUUUUCUAUGUGUACAUGCAUAUGUAUAAGUAGUGUUAUCAAACUAACAAGUCAUUUUGAUUGAUUAUGUGAAAGAAUAUAAAAACUUUAUAUACAUGUUCUAAAAAAUCUAGAAAGUGGAUUCUGAAAUAUCAGAUAUCAAAUGCAUCGCAGAUUGAACCAGUUCUAUGGUUUUCAACCUUUACUAUUACUCAGUCAUUCAAUAUUGCUGAACUGACAAACUCUUCAAAACAAUUUUUUCCACAUUCUUGAAAGCUUCUUUUUUCUUUGACUUUAUAUAUUGGUGACAUUGUCAUAAACAAAAAUUGAAAUGGGUAUUUUGUUUCAGAAAAUGAUCUUUCUCUUACUCCAUUUUGUGUUGUGAAAGUUCAAUUAUUUAGAAUUGUCUUAACAUCAGUAUAAUUUACUGUAGAACUGGUUAUUUUUGGGUGAUGAUAUUUUCUCAAUAUCACAGUAUAUUAAAGUGAUCGCAAAAGUUUCAUCCAUGAAUUAAUGAGAUGUGUGUAUUAGAUGUAAUUUCACAUCAAGAAUGUGACAUUUUGAUUUGUUCAAAAAUUAUUCAGUGGUUUUAAAAGAUCAAGAAAAUUUUGACUCAUGGAAAUUACCAGCUAUACACCUAGAUAAUAAAAUGAAUGAUUUAUAUAAUAGAUGAAAAGAUGUAUGUAUAGAGUUUUCCGUUCCUGUACUGAUCAUGUACAUGCACCCAGUGACUUCUUUAAUAUCAACAUACAUUAUAGGUAUCUGAUAAACUUUUCCGGUAUUCGGUCUUCUUAAUGACUGUGAAAUAUUCGAGGAGUUCAGCUGUAUUGAGGCCUGUUAUUAGUCUGGAGAUAAUUUGUGUGAUAAAAAUCUGUCAAACCUGAGGAACCUUUUUACACCCUGGAUGAUAAAUAAAAUCACGGAUCUAUAUUUGAGUGCACACAAAUUUAAGAUCAAGAAAGCUUAGUGAAGCUUAUCUUCAUACCAUGAAAAUGUUGGUUAUUAGGAUAAAUAUUUUAUGAGUCAAACUAAAUGAAGUAAUACUAACUGGUUUUUAAGAAAUUCAGAAAUUCGUUUGGCCAAAUGUAGUGGAGGGGAGAUAACUCCUGGUGUGAAAUUUUCUACAUACCUAAAUACAUGUACUGCCAGUUUUUUUUUUAGCAUUUUAAGAACACACAGAACUAUCAAACUGCCAAGUAUUUUUAUACUGUCAAUUCUACUUUAUCUUAGAUUGUAUUUGAAUUUUUUUCUGUGUACCCUUGGCAUUGAAUAUGACACCAGGCAAUAAAUUAAUACAGAAAUACAGAAACUUUAGAAGAAAGCAUGUAUCUGUUUUCUAUGUAUUUUGAGUUUGAUUUCAUUAUUUGGAGGGAACUAAUAAAAGGAUUUGUUGAGGUGAAAUGAAGUAUUUUCCAUAUGUAAGGUUAUAUGUUAGGUACAUAUAACAUAGCACACAUGACAUAGUAAAUGGGAUGGGUAGCAUUUUUUUUUCAAAGAGGGAUUAGUGAUAAGUAUUAUGGUAAAUAGGGUACCACCUGUUACCAUGAUAUAUCAGCUAUAUAUACAUGUACAUAAUGAUCCUGAUAUUACUUAAUACUAUAGCAUUUACAUGUAGGAAUAAUAACAAUAUUCCAACUUCAGUUCUGAAGUCUUUCGUAGGUUGUUAAACUGCAACCAGUGAUUUUCUAGUCAAGACACAAUAUUAUCAUCCAGUUUGUUUAAGUGUGAGCUAGUUUUAACCAAUCGUUGUCAUUUGUAGCUAUGUGGAAUAUAGCAUCUUAUUCUGACCUUUGAUCCCGUCACUCGUAAAUCAUUCCUUGUUAUAAACUCUUUCAUAAGAAAAUUUCAGUGAAAAUCUAGUAAAAAUCAAAAUAUGUUACCAUGUAAAAAAAAAAAAAAAAAAACCUUCAUUCAAAUAUUUGUAUUAUAUGGCUCAUGAUUUUUAUGUUUCAGUUCUCCCUGAGUUGACUUUUACAACAUGCCUAUCAGUAUGUAAAAAUUAAAAGCAUGACAUUCAUGUCAUGUAUUUUCGGGGUCAAGGUCUUUCUGACAAUUAGUCAUUAUAGAAAUUUUGCAUAACUGCAAUUUUCUUAAGUUUGAUUGGUCUUGCUUGCAGAUUAUUACAGAUAUAAUGAUUGAUUAAUAAAUUCUAUGAACAUUC